CCGUCUGCUUCACUUCAGUGUGGAAGAGUCGCGUCUGUCAGCCGGAGAAGUGUGUGUGUGUGUGUGAGAGAGAGUGUGUGUGUGUCUAUCGGUGUGUGUGGGCGCUUUUUUUGUUAACCAGCGGCCGACUGAAAACACACCGUCCACCUUCACCUCACACGGACUUGUUUUGAACUCUAUCCAGGACCGUGGAGCUUCCUGGCUGAGUUGCUGACGUUGGAUCACAGCUGGACAGACGAGCUAAAGAGGAUCAGAACGACCGGCUGAUCUCAGAGCUGCAUUUGGGAUAAAGAGCCGCCAUCAGCUGUGCUCUGUGGCUGACCGCUGACCCCGAUCCACAGCCGCCCGACUUCUGGGUCAGCGCCGAGCUAACAGAGGUGGUCUGACCGGGCCUGAUGUGGAAUCUGACCCCGACUGACCCCGUCCCUCCAGCAGCCUUUCACUGAGCCCAACCGGGGAGAGAAGGGGGAGAUAAAAGAGGCGACGGAGAAGAAAGGGGGAAGAAAGGGAGAGCAGCAGCACAGCGACCGCUCCUCCAGGAUGCCGGUGGAAACCCUGCGUCCGUCUGAUGGCCGUCUGGCCGGCGUCCCCUUCACCUCGGCCAUGCCCUUCAGGAUCCUCAACAAGGGGCCGGAUUAUUUCCGCCGUCAGGCCGAACCCGGCGCCCGGAAGCUGAGCGCCGUGGAGCGUCUGGAGGCCGACAAGGCCAAGUACGUGAAGAGCCAGCAGGUGGCCCUCACCCGCCAGGCCCCCAUCAAACCCCCCAUCAUCCGUAAGCCCCUGGUGCCCCCGGGGAUGAUGCUCCAGUGCCAGAUCAGCGCCCCUCCAGCCAGGAAGGUUCCCCGCUGCCCCGCCGACCCGGAGAACGGUGGAGGCAGAGAGGGGCCCGGAGAGAGGCGGAGGCCGGCUCUGAACCUGGAUAUUCUGAACAACUUAAUCAACGAUGUAUGUGACGGACCGCUGCCCUGCUCCCAGUCCUCCUCCUCCACCUCCCCCUCCUCGUCUUCUCCGUCUUCGGGAGCGAAGAGCAUCGGCAGCAGCCUGUCAGCAGAGCAGGAGAGGACCAGCCGACUCCUCAACAACCUCAAACCGCUGAGCCACGGCACCACCACCUCCUCCUCCACCUCCUCCUGCACCUCGUCUCCGCUCAACAACAACAACAACCUCCAGACCCGGACCUCCGCGGCAGAACUCACCCGCCGUCCUCCCCCCGUCCCGGCCCGGGCCCCCCGCAUCGGCGUCCCCGCCCCCUACAGCUCCCCCAACUCAGUGACAGUGCGCCGGGUGGACGUCCGGCCUCAGGCGGAGCUCAGAAAGCCUCAGAGGGCUCCGCUGCUCCGGCCCAGACAGACUGCUCAGGGCCAGGUCGCCCACCCCCAGGUCCCCCCUCCGCCCCCUCCACCCGCUCAGAACCAGCCCCAGACCCACCCUCAGCUCAGCACCCAGUCCCAGAUCUCCCCCCCGGCCUACCUGCCCCCCAGCCCCAUGCUGGUCCGAGCUGGAAUGAUCCCGCCCGCCUCCCCCGCCUUCACCCGCAUCUCCAACGCCAGCUCCAAGGGCUCCGGCCGCAAGCACCCGUCCCUGCACCGCUCCAAGUCGGACCUGAGCGACCGCUACUCCCGGGCCACCGCCGACCUGGAGCGCUUCUUCAACUACUGCGGGCUGGACCCGGAGGAGGUGGAGGGCAUGGGCGGCGUGGAGCGCUUCACCCGGGCCAACUCGGACAUCGUGUCCGUCUCCAAGCUCCGCAGCGUCAGCACGCCCAGCUCCGAGUGUGGCGACGAGGCCGACCAGAUGAGGGAGGACGGAGGGGACGAGGAGGACGAGGACGGGCCGGCCAGAGCCAACGAAAGGGUUCCGUACGGCAUCUCGGUCAUCGAGAGGAACGCCCGAGUCAUCAAGUGGCUGUACGGCAUCCGGCAGGCGAAAGACACGAGCAGCGGCGUCUCUAACGUCUAGACUGACGAGGACUGGGAGCCGGGCGCUGAUCCUCUGCUGCCUUACAGUUCUGGAUAAUCCAGUUUUCUUCUUGUUUCCUGUGAGGACGGACUGUUUGUUCUGGAGAGUUUUCUUUAAAAUGUGGACUGAAACUCAGGACUGUUUCCUGCCAGAGUGAAAGGACGAUUCAUCGCCUUCUGCUUCAUCUGUGUGACAAAAGCAAUAAUAGAGCGGUGUAAGUGGUGGUUCCUCAUGUAAAGGUACAGUGCGUGCGUGUGUGUGUGUGUGUGUGUGUGUGUGUGUGUCGGCACAAAGCCAGGCUGGAACUUCAAACUGCCAGAAAGCUGCACAGUGAAGCAACUGUUGAGCAAAACCAGGAAGAGAACCACGUCGAUACUGUGAAACAUUCUCACCGCAACAACAGGAAAAAAAAAGUUUCCAUUUGUAUUUUCUAAAGAAAAAAGCAAGAAAAAAGAGAAAUCCUUUUGGCUGUAAGACUGUUAUUACACAAGUUUCUGUCAGCAUGCGAGUUUUGUUUCUUAUUUCGAGGUUUGUCAUCUCAAAUCAAGCACACACGUUUUACUCUCACACUCUUUCACCUCUCAGACGUACGUUCAGGUCGUUGCAGUCGCUUCUGUUGGGCGUCGGGCUGUGAUGUCGUCUAAUCAGUUUACUCCGUAUGUCUCGGCACGGAUGAGAGAGCAAGUCAUAUGAUGAAGGAUGAAGCGGAUGGUUGAAGCAAGUGUGAAGUUGUUUAGCCUCCUAGAAAGACGAAGAAAUCAAAAAGAGCGGUGUGGAGAGAAUCUGUGGUGUAUGAAUAUGGCUGCGGCUCUGAAAGUGUCUCAGGAAGACGGCAUACUGACAAAAAAUGGACCAAUAUUUAUUUGGAGAAAUGUAACUUAAUGUAUUUUUUAAUAUCGGACGAGUUUGUGUACAGAUUUUUGCUCUUAAGUGCAAUCUGAUGGUAUUUACUCUGAUUCCAGUGUAUGUAGGAUCACAUGUGAAACACACACGUGUGCAGAUACCGGCACCGGACACAUGCCAGGUGUGAAUGCUGUAGCCAUGGGAACGCCACGUGAGGCUGUUGUGUAUUUAUUUGAAUUCCCGUUUGUUGCAGCGGGAACAGCAGUGUGAGUUCUCCCUCCCUCUGCGCCUCCUUACCCCCGUUUUUUAAAAGAAGUCUUCGGGUUCAGAGGGCCGGAGAACACGACGGACCGCUAGAAAACGAUGCCCAAAGAGUGUGGAAGUGAGAGAUCCAAAAUGCUUUACCGUGGUGUAUUCUGAGCAGUCAAUAAAAGAGAUGUUCAAGUUC